AUGAAGAUCAAAACCCAACUCCUUCUCCCCUAUCUGCUCCUUGCUCUUCUUACAUCUUCGCUAUUAUCAAUAGCCAUGGAAACAGUUAACGAUGAUAUGAAGAUGAUCAGACCUGCUAAGCUAAAUCCAGAUUCUGUCAACAGAUUUUUCUUGCCUACUUGGGGAAGCGGAACGAAGGUGGAUGAAAACAUGAAAAAGGCUCCAUCUGCUCCAAAUCCGAGAGGAAAUAGGCAUCCACCAUCCAAGCCUUGAAUAUUAAUAUGUUGGAUUCAAUCCUUUCAAUGUUUCUACUUAUAUAUAUAUUGUUCAACUACUUUGGUAAA